AUGUGGUCAAAAUUUGUUGGCCAACUUAAGAAUUCAAAUCCAAUAUUUGGUGCAACACCCUCUGUAACAUCGACAACACCUUUAAAGAUUACUGAGCGACUUUCAAGGAAAUCCAGUGUUGGCUCGCAAAAAGAUCCACGCGUAACUGAGGCUAGACGAAAGAGUAGUCUAUUAUACGGUGUUGCACCAGGCAGUGAAGUUUUUGUGCAAGAAAAGCUAUUGGAGAAACGGCUUUCACGCAAAAUCAUUAGAGUCUCUGCUGAGCAGCAACAAGAAUUAUGUUCACUUUUUCAACAAUGGCAGAACGCUUUGGAUGAGAAGGAGCGUAGUGUUCUCCUAAUUGCAUCAUCGCGUAAAUUUUUUGAAAAUUAUGUUGACGCUCCUGAAAUGGUUGGAGAGAG